AUGAAUUGCUGCUCGGGUGAGUGCGAUGACGGGAAGGAUUCUGACAAUAUCACCAGGGAACCAAACCCCCAGCAGGUUCUACAGUUCGUACAGUCUGGCAAGUCAAUUCAGCAUCCUCUAAAGGCUGCAAACACCAGCACAAAUGCGGAUGCCUUUGCGGCUGAUGAAGUGAUUUUGGGGAUUGCCGAUGGUGUCAGCACUGUGGAAGACGAGGGAUUGGACCCCUCCUGGCUCCCCAAGGAGUUGCUGCAGCACUGCCUGGCGGAGUGUAAGUCGCGGCUAAAGAAUGAAGCUUUGUUUGAUGCCGAGGCUGAGGAUCUUUUGUCAACUUGCGAUAUUGAUCUAGCCUCGGCGAAGUUCCCGCUUUUUGUAAUUUCCAAAGCGUCGGCCCUGUGCACUACCUACGGAUCGACCACGUGCGUCUUGGCUAUCUUGGAUGAUCAAAAACUCUGGUCGGUUAACAUCGGAGAUUCGCAGCUUAUUGUCGCUCGACGGACGGAUGUGGCACCGAAGCCGUAUCCAUGCCCUCAGGAUUUCUCUUACUCCACUUGCCACGACGCAAGGGCACGCAUCCCGAAUCUUGAGGACUAUGGAGGCUACCAGAUAGUCUAUAGGACUGUACCGCAGCAGCACUUCUUCAACUGCCCCUACCAGUUCACGCGCAUGCCAGACACUGACUGCUCCGGAGGAGCCAUUGUACGCAAGAUGGCGCAGACCGCGGAGGUGGGAUCGGUGCAGGUCCUGCCUGGGGAUAUCGUAAUUCUUGGAACUGACGGCUUGUUUGACAAUUUGUUUGACGACGAUGUCUUAGAUAUCUUGAACAGGCUAUGCUGGCCUGAGAGUCAACCAGGAAAGCCUCCCACAACUUGCCCCGCCGUUCUCGUUAAGGCGCUCUUGGAUACUGCUGUGAAGGCUGGGCAGCAACCCCCAGGCGUCUCCUGGCCAGUAGUAACCCCCUUCUCGAAGGCUGCCUUUGAUGAAGUCGGCCGGCGUCUUGUGGGUGGCAAGCCAGACGACAUUACUGCAGUUGUUGCGUACAUUGUUCCUUCAGCGGAAGUGCAAAACAGCGGGGUUCUCUCGCCCAAAGAAGCGGCUUCAAAAGGGGUCAACUCCCCUCAGAAGGGCUGGGAGCAUCCAGACUCUCUAAGGGCCAUGGCUCAUGCCAAGACGGCCGAGAGGAGAGUGAAUAACUGCAGCAACGUGCAGAGACAUUCAGAUCUCGGUAAGGGAUCACUUGGAAACAUAGUACGGCUCUCAGAGCAGCGCUCAGAGCUUGGGGGCAUGGGCGCGUGGUGUAGCCGAUCGAGCUUCCCCCCCCGAGUGCUCGGCAUCACCACACCCGCCAUCAAGGCGUCCGUACACUCCGUGCCCAAGGUUCUCAAGGAAACCGAAAUUAGAACGUUCCACCAUUUGAAGGAGAAAGCGCAGCAACGCAUUGAGACAGUCGUCUCUGCGGGGCCGGGGGGUCUUCGACAGAACGAAGAGCCAAGUCACAGCUGGGCUACUGGUGCGGCUGGUCUUCUCAAUGCCUUUCGCAGCAUGUUCGAAGGGAAGUGA